AUCAGCAGCGGUGGAAACAUUUGAUCCAGCAGCGAAUACAUCAUGAGGGGUCUGGUGUUUCUGCUCUUGGUGGCUUCAGCCAGCGCCAAAGUCUUUGACAGAUGUGAAUGGGCCAGAGUGUUGAAGAGUAAUGGGAUGGACGGCUACGGUGGCUACAGCCUGGCCAACUGGGUUUGCUUGACCUAUCAUGAGUCGAGGUACAACACCAGAGCCACCAACCGCAACUCUAAUGGAUCCACCGACUACGGCAUCUUCCAGAUCAACAGCCGCUAUUGGUGUAGCGAUGGUGGGCCGUCCGUUAACAACGGAUGUAACAUCAGAUGCAGCGAGCUUCUGACUGAUGAUGUCACUGUGGCGAUCAGGUGUACCAAACGUGUUAUGCAGGAUCGCCCUGGCAUCACAGCCUGGAGGGCCUGGACCCGUAGAUGUGAGAACCAAGACCUCAGCUCCUAUGUGUCAGGUUGUGGGGUGUAAUCAGUACACACAGAACCAGAACCAUCUACAAAAAUUCUACCAUUUUCAGGUGCUGUGGAGUGAAACAUUUUUCUUGUUUCUAUGUUUGAUUUGAAAAAAAAAAAAAGUCAGGACAUACCUGACAAAGGUCGAACAGAUCAAAACGCUUUGAUCAAUAAAUAUUUCAGCAGUAAAUGACACCAUGUGCAGGAGUUCCUCUCAUUGUUCUUAAUAUUACAAAAAUAAAAUACACAGUUACUGAAGAUCACUGUGAUAAAUGGA